AUGUGCUCAUUUGCAGUCCAUCCGCGCGCAAGGCUUCCGUUCGAGGUACUCUGCCGCAGCAGCACCAGCAGCAGCAUCACAGCUUCACCGAAUCAGCCGGCAGCAGAUGCUGUACACCCGGCGGAGGCAGCAGCAUGUGCUGCUACCACUACUACGUGCUGUGGUAGCAGCUGCGCUCCUACUGAGCGUGAUGGACCUGCAGCCACGCACCCGCAACCCUGCGAAAGCCGUCUACCCCCACCUCCUUGGUGGCUAUGGUCGGCUGCGGACGCUCAUGGUGAAUCUGCUGAGCGCCUCGAGACGGAAAGUCCACUCAAUACCCAUUCACCAGGUACAGUCACAUCAGAUACAAGGGAAGCGCCGAAGGCUGACUCCCAUGCACAGAAAAGCAGUGCAGCGGCAGGUUCACCAACCACACAGGCAGGUUCAUCAACAGCAUCAGCAGGCUCAUCAACAGCAUCAGCAGGCUCAUCAACAGCAUCAGCAGGCUCAUCAACAGCAUCAGCAGGCUCAUCGACAGCAUCAGCAGGCUCAUCACCAGCAUCAGCAGAAGCAGAAAUUUUGUCGGCGCCUUACCUGAUGCGGCGUCCAUACAGUCAGAAACGGGGUGGGUACUUGAAGGUGCCGCAGUCUUUCCUAGAUAGGAGGACGGAUCAUGGAAUGACUGAGGAAGAACUUGAAAGGCAAAUCGAUCAGCUUUUUUCCCUCGACCCCGAGCAGAUAGAUCGACAAAGCGCGGCUAUUGCUCGGUCUGUGGAGGCCUCUCGGUCCCCAGGUUAUCCGAAUGGUCGCAUUCUCAUUGGAGUUACGGAUUUGCAUUCUUCGGACAGAGACUUCGAACAGCUGCUGCAGCGCCGCUCCGAGAGCAGCGCAAACAGCAAAGACAGAAAUAGCCCAGAAGGCCAUCGCAUCAGCACGCGGGCAGAGGCUGAAGCGAUGGGCAAGGCAGCCAUCCACGGGGAUGAGCUGCAGCGGCAGCAGCUGGUGGGAAACAUCAAGGUGUUGCCAGAGGUAGGACUGGUGGUCAUCGAUUUCAGUCCAGAUUCCUCGGAGGCGCAGAUAAGAGAGACAGUCAAAAGCAUAUGGAUGCGAUCCCCCGCGGCGUGGCUCAUUGAGGCCGACUCAGAAGUGCAAAUAAGAGACGGCAGUCCAAGACCGUUUGUGGCUGCAGCGGCGAGUGCAGCGGCAGUGGUGGGAGACGCAAGGAUGGAGAACGACGUGGAAGUGGCAGUAUCCAGAGAGCCUUUUCGGUUUGACGCUGCAGCUCAUAGACGGCUGAUGGAGGAAGACGACAGCCUUCCAGGCCUAAGCGCAAGCAGUCGGAGCAGCGCGACAACGGGCACUGCUAGCAGCAGCUCCAAAGCCAAGCAGCAGCAGCAACGGGCAGAGAAGGCUGCGGCAAGGAAGCAGAAGCAGCUCGAGGUCAAGUCGCUCCAGGCAGAAAAGAAGGCGCACACGAAAAAGGAAGCAAGUGUCAACAGCGGCGGCAAGGAUUACGAGCGACCCCAGAAGAGUAAGCCAAGCCGAGAGCCGCGAGAGGCGGCAUCUUCGAAGAACCACAAAGUGAAGGCGCAGCAACACUCCGAGAAGCCGACACACGAAAAGCAACAGGCACAGCGCAAGAAUGCAUCCCGGCAACAGAAAGGAUCCAAGACGAAGGGAGAGCUGCAAAUCGAUGCGGACGCUUCUUCCACAGCAACGCAGCAGCAAUUACCUGCUUCGCAGCUAGGCCCUGAGCCUCUGGCGGAGGUGUACACGAAGCAACUACAGCUUCCCAAGACACUAGUUGCGACACCGGAAGAAAUGGAAUAUGGAGGCAACAUUGAGCGACGUCUUGAGGCCAGUAGUGAUGCGAAAAUCGCAUCAUCUGGGGAUUUGCGCUCCUUAGAAAAAGGGCUGCUGAUGGCGGAGGCGGGGGGGUCUUCUGGGAAGAGGCAAGCGUCUCUUUCUCUUUCCAGAAAAGUGCCGGCAGACGCGAAGCAAAGGGCAGCCACAGCAGACACUGCAUCCAAAGAAGCUACAAUUGCCGCAGCAGACACUGCAUCCAAAGAAGCUGCGAUUGCCGCUGCAGACACCGCAUCCAGAGGAGCUGCGAUUGCCGCUGCAGACACUGCAUCCACAGAAGCUGCGAUUGCCGCUGCAGACACUGCAUCCAGAGAAGCUGCGAUUGCCGCAGCUUUGGGGGAGGAAGAAGAAGCGGAAGAUGAACACACACUCGAGCAGCGCGAGGCGUUUCUGAGCGAUGCGCAUGCAACUCCAAACGACCUGUUUUUUAGUCGGCAGUGGGCCCUUACACACCCCAGCCUCGGCUGCAAUAUGACGGAUGCGUGGCGGCUCGUGUAUAGGAGCAGGCAGCAGCAGCGGGAAGCCGUUGCUGCUGGACUAGCAGCUUCGAAAAAGAAAGCUGAAAACAUUAUUGUUGCAGUGAUAGACACAGGGGUUGACUACACCCACGAGGAUCUCAAGGGACGCCUCUGGAAGAACUACAGGGAGAUUCCCAAUAACGGCAUAGACGAUGAUGAAAAUGGAUAUGUAGAUGACUAUCACGGCUAUGACUUCGAGAAGGGCAGUGCAGAUCCCAUGGAUGAACAUGGGCACGGCACUCACGUGAGCGGCAUUGUCGCAGCUUCGGCAAACAAUGGUAUUGGCGUUGUCGGGGCGAACUGGCGUGUGAAGCUGAUGCCGCUGAAGUUUGAAAAGCGAAGCAGCGCGGCUGUGGAAGCCAUCGCGUACUCUCUCCAGAUGGGUGCCCGUGUAAGCACCAAUUCUUGGGGUUUUUCCUUCCGUUCGGAGGCGCUCCGCUUGGCUCUGGAGCAGGCUGAGGCUAAAGGGCAGCUCUUUGUCGCAGCCGUAGACAACGCUGGUGCUGACAACAGCUCGGCAAAAGAUUUUCCUCCUAAUUGGGGUUAUGACUGGCGGACAGGCGCAGGCUUUAGAAAUAUGUUGCGGGUUGCAAAUCUGGCACCUACUGGAAGACUAUCGACUUCUUCUAACUACGGACAGUACAACGUCGAUCUCGCGGCUCCUGGAACGGAUAUUAUCUCCACCCUUCCAGGCCGACAAUUCGGAGAUAAAUACGGUUACAAAAGCGGCACGUCUAUGGCUACACCGCUCGUGUCGGGCAUUGCAGCCCUCAUAUGGGCGGAACGCCCCUCGAUGACGGCUGCCGAAGUGCGAGAGGUCCUCUUAGCGACUGCGACACCGUUGGCAUCUUUGGAGAAGCUAGUGGCGGGGGGGGGGAUAGUGAAUGCGAAGGCGGCAGUAGAGUUGGUGCAGGCGCUGAACCAGAAGGACUUAGGCAUUGAUUCUCCCCUCGUUCAGGCCUUUGCCGCUUGGCAGAGGCAGCAAUACGAAGAUCACCAGCAGCGCGUUCUUAGUCAAACCGGCGGCUCUGCGAGCAGUAGCGUGCCAUCGCUAGGCGGCCUUGCUGCGGCUAUUCCCUCCCCAGCUUCCGUGAUCGGAAGUGCUGCAGGAGCAUCAGCAGCAGCAAACGCUGCCCCGUCCGCGGCAGCCGACAGCCUUGCAACUGGCGUGUACUCAGGAGCAAACGGAUACGGCUAUCUCCCUGCCUCGCCCCCCACCCCUUAUUCGAGCGACGCUCACGAGGACCCCUGGCCAGCAGCUACACCCCCAAACUACGCCUCUGAAAACAUGACAGAGGACUCCGCAUACAUGUCUGCACGUCGCCCCCCCCUUACAGGAGAGCUGAGCAGCAAACAGCAACGCAUGCAGAAGCAACCGCCUUUGCGGCAGCUCCAUAGGGUGCAAAGCAGCCAAGAGGACGAGGUAAAAAUCCCAGGAAAGUGCCAAGCGCCCUUCGAGAAAUGUAGCUGCAGCACCCCUCAUAAAGGUCAACGACCUCCUGAGCAUCACACGCCUGCCGGCAAACCGAAGAAUAUACAACUACGCAAAUCUCAAUCUGCGAACUUCCUCCCCUUCACCCCGCGAACGCUCUCUUGCAUGCGGGUGUCUUCUGCCGCCGCCACAGCCGCUGCUCGUUGUGCGCAAAGUCGGCGGGCAGGCGGCCCCUUCUUCGCUCUCCGCUACUGCAUGCGAAACAUGCAUGCAUGGAUUCCCAUGUCUCUAUGGAACUCUCUCCGCCCACUACGCUCGGCUCGAGUGGCGGCAGCCGCAGCUAGCGCUGCGGCUACCCGGUGA